AUGUCUUAUCCACAGAAUCAAAACCCCAACUAUGGCGCUCCCGCCGGUGCCCCGCAGCAAAACUAUUAUGCCCCCCCGGGACCCGGACAGCCAUACCCGCCCAACCCACAAGGCUAUCCAGCGCCCGGAGUUCCCCCCUCUCCGUACGCUGGCCAACCGCCUUACCAUCAGCCACAAGGCUAUCCCCCACCAGGGCAGCCGCAGCAGUACUACCCGCAUCCUCCUCCCCCGCAGCAGGGCUACCCCCCGCAUCCAUCCUAUAACCAACCACAAUACGCCCCACAAGGGCAAUAUCCUCCCCCAGGAGUCCAUAACCCUCAGUACCCCCCCACGCCUCCGCAAAUUACGUAUCAACACCCUCCGCCCCACCCCCAACCGGGGAUGCCAUAUGGAGCCCCACCACCCCACCACGCCCCCCCGCCCCAACAGCACGUUGCGCCAAUUAACGCAACUGCCGACGUCGAUGCCAUCUACCGUGCCUGCAAAGGCUUCGGGACUGAUGGGCGUGCGCUGAUCGGCGUCCUAGGCCAUCGCGAUGGUCUCACUAUCGAUGCCAUCCGCGCGCAGUACACCACUCGCAUCCGCCGUGACCUCAUAGAAACCCUAGAGAAAGAGACAUCCGGCAACUUUGAAACCGCGCUCGUAUCUACGGCCCUUGGACCCAUCGAGUCAGAAGCAUACUUUGCGCACCGGGCCAUCGCAGGAUUCGGCACGAAGGAAAGCAUGCUAACCGAAGCGAUCAUGGGGAAGAACAACCAACAGAUCGCGACGCUGAAAUCAGUCUACCAGCGCAUGUACGGCGAGUCCCUCGAGAAUGCUGUCCGUGGCGACCUCUCUGGCAAGACGGAGCAGCUGUUUGUCAUGGCACUCGCCGGCAACAGGAUGGAAGACUGGGUCACCGUGGAUCCGCAGGUCGCCUCGAAUGAUGUCAGAACUCUAUACGCCGCGACCCAAGGCCGGGUAGACGAUAUCCAGGUCUGUUCUAUCCUCACGAGGGCUAACGACGCGUACAUCCGUGCAUACGUCGACGGCUACAAGCGCCAGUACGCUCAGGACUUUCUCAAGAUGAUACGGAAGGAGUUCUCGGGACACAUGGAGGCCGCGCUGCUGUACAUUGUCAGGGGCGCUAUCAAUAAGGCUGAGAGAGACGCAGAGUUGUUGGAGGAUAGCAUGGCUGGUCUCGGGACCAAAGAUGAGUUGCUAAUCUCGCGGCUUGUCAGGGCUCAUUGGGAUAAAGGCCAUUUCGCCAUAGUCAAAUUAACGUACGCCGCGUUGUACAAGAGGGAUCUUACGAAGCGAGUCAAGGGGGAGACAAGCGGGGAUUACGGGAAGAUGAUGAUCGCGUUGGCUACUUAGGCUCUUAUCAUCGAUGUUUUUCUAGUUUUCUCUACCAACCUACUGCUUUGUCCUCGCGCUUAACGUGUUAUGAAAAUCUUUUUCUUUAA